AUGGUCGCCGACGAUAAGCCAACAUAUCGCUACGGCGAGAAGCCAGUCUACACGACAUCCAAUGGCUGCCCAGUUGAGAACCCGUCCAGCUGGCAACGGCUCGGCCAGAAGCCAGGUCCCCUGCUGCUGCAGGACUUCCACCUGAUCGACCUGCUGGCUCACUUCGACCGUGAGCGUAUUCCUGAGCGUGUCGUCCAUGCCAAAGGCGCCGGUGCCUACGGCGAGUUCGAGGUCACGCACGACAUCAGCGACAUCUGUUCCGUUGACAUGCUGAACGGGAUCGGCAAGAAGACGCCGCUGGUGGCUCGUUUCUCGACCGUAGGAGGCGAGAAGGGCUCCGCUGAUUCUGCCCGUGACCCAAGAGGUUUCUCACUCAAAUUCUACACGCAGGAGGGCAACUGGGACUGGGUGUUCAACAACACUCCGGUCUUCUUCCUCCGCGACCCUACCAACUUCCCUCUCUUCAUCCACACUCAGAAGCGCAACCCUCAGACUAACCUGAAGGAUGCGACAAUGUUCUGGGACUAUCUCAGCACUCACCAGGAGGCAGUCCACCAACUGAUGCACCUCUUCUCGGACCGGGGCACGCCAUACUCCUACCGACACAUGAACGGCUACUCCGGCCACACCAUGAAGUGGACCAAGCCGGACGGCUCCUUCGUGUACGUCCAGAUCCACUGCAAGACGGACCAGGGCAACAAGACCUUCAACAACGAGGAGGCCGGGCAGAUGUCGGCCGACAACCCGGACUGGCACACGCAGGACCUCUUCGAGGCCAUCGAGCGGGGCGAGCACCCGAGCUGGACCGUGUACGCGCAGGUGCUCACCCCGGAGCAGGCGCAGGGCUUCAGGUGGAACAUCUUCGACCUGACCAAGGUGUGGCCGCAGGCCGAGGUGCCCCUGCGGCCCGUGGGGCGGUUCACGCUGAACCGCAACCCGCAGAACUACUUCGCCGAGAUCGAGCAGGCGGCCUUUGCGCCCUCGCACCUCGUCCCGGGAGUCGAGCCCUCGGCCGACCCGGUCCUGCAGAGCCGCCUCUUCUCCUACCCGGACACGCACCGCCACCGCCUGGGCGUCAACUACCAGCAGAUCCCCGUGAACCGCCCGCUGCGCGCCUUCAACCCGUACCAGCGCGACGGCGCCAUGGCCGUCGACGGCAACUACGGCGCCAACCCCAACUACCCGUCCACCUACCAGCCCCUCACCUACCGCGCCGUCAACCCGACGUCCGCGCACGAGGAGUGGCAGGGCAAGGCCGUGACGGCCGUCUUCGCCGGCCUCAACCCGGACGACUACGCCCAGGCCGACGGGCUCUGGAAGGUCCUCGGCCGCACGCCGGGCCAGCAGGACAACUUCGUGCACAACGUCUCGGUGCACCUGUGCGGCGCGCGCCAGGACACGCGGGAGCGGACGUACGGCAUGUUUGCGAGGGUUAACACCGAGCUUGGGCGGCGGAUCAGGGAGGCGACUGAGAAGGAGGUCAAGGGGAGCAGCGCGGCCGAGAAUGCCGGCGCGACGAAGUCGAAGUUGUAA